AACCAAUAAUGAUUAUAAUGUUCCCAUCAAAUUAAUCAUCUUCCAAAUUACUCCAAUCUAAUUAAAAACCUUCAUCUCCCAUGGCGGCCAAGCCUUCUUCACAAACGGCCGCAUCCACCUGCACCAAAUGCCGCCGCAAAACUCCCCCUCUCCUCCUCCUCCUCCUCCCCGUCUCCGCCGCGCUCCUCCUCCUCCUCCUCCACCUCCACCUCACCACCUCCCCGGACCUCAUCCAUCAAUGGCGACGAGACCCAACCUGCAUCCAACGCCUCCGCGACGCCGUCACCUUCCUCCCCCUCAAGGACCUCCGCUUCGCCGGCAAGCCCCUCGACGGCCACACGUGGUUCAUGAGCUCCACGCGCGACGCCCACGAAGACGGCGAGGUCCAGUUUCAAGAAUUCCCUUCGAACGCAUCCAAAGCCCGAAUUCUCUGCCUCAAAGGCCGAGACACGCAUGAUGGGUCACGCAACUCGUACGCAUUGGCGUGGCCCCACGCCUUGCCGCCCGGGGCCGCCUUCCUCCGCGGCCUCGCCUUCGUCUCCUACAACCACUACGACUACGACAACAUGUGGCACGGCCUGUCCGCCGCCGUGCCCUUCGUCGCUUGGCACAUCCGCAGCGGCGGACGCUGCCCCUAUCAAGAUAUUACUCUGCGUCCGCCGCCGCCGCAGCGGUGGGUCCUAUACCACCACGGCGAGCUGAGGACGAGAGCGGGGCCGUGGCUGAGCACGCUGAUGGAGGCGGCCUUCGGGGGGCCGAUGAGCGUGGAGAGGUUCGACACAGUCGCCGGAGAUGGGACGGCUCCGGCGGCUUGCUUUGAGAGGGCGGUGGUGAUGAGGCAUAACGAAGGGGGAAUGUCGAGGGAGAGGAGGCUGCAGGUUUAUGAUUUCUUGAGGUGUAAGGCUAGGGUUUUCUGCAACGUGACAUCGUCGUCGGAGGAGGAGGGUGCUCCGGUGAUCGGCAUGACCUUGUUGAUGAGGAAUGGGGCUAGGUCGUUCAGAGACGAGGCGGCGGUCGUCGGAAUCUUCGGCAAGGCCUGCCGGGAGGUGGCGGGAUGCCGCCUCACGGUGGCUUAUGCAAAUAACCUCACCUUUUGUCAACAGGUGAAAUUAAUGAGCGUAACGGACGUAUUAGUGUCGCCGCACGGGGCUCAGCUGACCAACAUGUUCAUGAUGGAUAGAAACAGCAGCGUGAUGGAAUUCUUCCCAAAGGGGUGGCUCAACCUCGCCGGAAUCGGCCAGUACGUCUACCACUGGCUGGCCAAUUGGUCGGGGAUGAACCACCGGGGGGCCUGGCGGGACCCCGGUGGCGAGCCCUGCCCCUUCCCCGACAACGACCGCCGCUGCAUGUCCGUUUACAAGAACGCAAGAAUCGGACAUAAUGAGACCUACUUUUACGAAUGGGCGAUGAAUGUUUUGAGCGAUGUUAAGUUGAGGAAAGGCACAUCAAUCUAGCUAAGUUGAUUCAUGAAUUAAUUAAUUAAUUAAUUAAUUAAUUAAUUAAUACUUUGUUUUUAUUUAAAGUUCCAAGUUAUACUUGAUUAAUUGGUUGGA